UUAGUCAAGUAGUAGUUCCUUCCCGCUAAUAUUCGCAGCUACACCAGAAAAACUUUGGGUCUGGGAAAUAUGAAAUUUUGAUCCUCCUUUUAUCAACCCAAUUGAAAUAAGUUAAUCUUUCAUUAGUGUAACUCUCAGAUUAUCCAAUCCUAACGGAUGCAGCUACAGUCAGUUUCAGCGUCAAUACCAUGGUCAUGGGGUACACCUCAAAAAGGUGUGUGUCUUGGUUUUCUGGAGUUAAACCCAAUAAAAUUCAAGUUUUGGUACCAAGAGCUUCAACUUAAUCGACCCUCAAAAGCUAGGACCUUUUGUGGUGCUGGUGGGGCUGACAGAGAGUAUCCCAUACUCAAGAGAUCAGUACCAUAUCCUCAAAAUAUUGAUCUCCCGCCCAUAUUGUCUAAGAAAAAGAAGAAACCAUAUCCAGUCCCCCUGAAGAAAAUCCAACAGGCUGCAAGAGCUGACAAAAAACUUUUUGAGAGGGGAAUAGAGAAGCCUCUUGAGCCACCAAAGAAUGGAUUACUCGUUCCUGAUUUGAUUCCCGUUGCGUAUAAGGUAGUUGAAGCCUGGAAGGUUUUGAUACAAGGCCUUGCACAGCUCCUGCAUGUUGUUCCUGCCCAUGGCUGCAGCAUAUGCUCAGAAGUCCAUGUGGGUCAGACUGGUCAUCGGAUCCAGGACUGUCAAGGUCCAGGGAAUGUUCACCGCAGAAGCCACCACACUUGGGUCAAGGCUUCCGUCAACGAUAUCCUUCUCCCUAUGGAAGCAUACCACCAGUAUGACCCCUUUGGCCGGCGCAUUAAGCAUGAGACCCGAUUCAACUACGACAGAAUUCCAGCUGCUGUGGAGCUGUGCAUACAAGCAGGUGUAGAAGUACCAGAAUAUCCUUCACGGAGAAGAACCAAACCCAUUCGGAUACUGGGGAAGAAGGUGAUCGAUUUAGGUGGAUUUGUAGAGGAUCCUAAGCCAAUACCCUCUGGAGAUUCAUCUUACCCACUCCUGCAGCUCGAUACGUACAUGGGCCACAUUGGGCAGUUUUCUGCUCCAGCAGCGUCUGUUGUACCAACGCUUGCCCAGGAGACUCUCAAUGCAUAUGAGACUGUGAGGUGGGGUGUGAUGAAGUUGAUGCAGAAGUACUCGGUGAAGGCAUGUGGCUACUGCCCAGAGGUUCACGUGGGUCCUUGGGGUCACAAUGCUAAGUUGUGCGGGGAAUUCAAGCACCAAUGGAGAGACGGCAAACAUGGAUGGCAAGACGCAACAGUCGACGAAGUAGUCCCGCCAAAUUAUGUAUGGCAUGUGCGGGACCCUAAGGGACCUUCACUGCGAGGUGCACUGAAGAGGUUCUAUGGUAAAGCACCUGCCGUCGUUGAAGUGUGUAUACAGGCUGGCGCAAAAGUGCCAGAUAUAUACAAGCCCAUGAUGAGGCUUGACAUUGUGAUACCAGAUAGUGAGGAAGCAGGCCUAGUUGUUUAAAGACAUCAAAAUUCGAAAGUAUCAAAUGCUCUCCUUGAAUCUCCUCGAUACCGAUGUUGAAGGUAUAGUGUACUAUAUAUAAGCUAAGCUCAUGGGUGACUGAGGUAUGUGCCUAAACCCCAUGAAUACUGCGUGAUAUGAUGAUGAUGAUCCUAGUAAUAAAAUGUGCUUAGUUGACAGUGAAAAAUGGAUUUCUCUGGUACUGCCCAUUUGCUCCUUAGGAAUAAAGUCAGAAACAAUAGCAUUACUAGUCAAAUGAGACUUCAAACUAAUAACCCGAAUUCAAUCUGGCAUCAGAUGUUCCGUCUUCCUCUUAAUCUAUGAUCCUCGGAUCUAUCCAUUGAAUUGGUGCCUCCAAUCUUUCUAUUCUCUUUUUAAAUUAAUAACAGUAGAUAGAUUCCUCAGCAAACAAAGUGGUUUGAGAGGAUACGAUCAAAAUUUCACAUCAAACCCCAGGAAUAUUUUGUUGGCUUGUAUCAUGAAUGAAUUAAUGAAUGUCGUUGGGUUAUCAUUUUU